AUGCUCCGAGUGCUGACCCGAGCGAUGGAAGAGCAGGAUAGACUCGAGCGUGAGGAGCAAGAGCUUGAAGACCAGCUCUCGCAACUGACUGCUAAGCUUAUCCGGGUAAAACGGACACGUCGCUCCCUCCGUGAUCGCGAGGAGCGUCUUUUCGCGCGGGGUAUCCAGGAGGAGGAUGCCCGGGUGGCACAAUCCGCCGUACCGCCCUCUGGUUCACCGGGUGCUUCUGCGCAACCAAACGCCGCGCAGGACACCGUCUUAUGGACUUCUCAAGCCCUGGAUCCCUCCCUGGGCCUUAACUGGCCUUCCGACCUUUCCUUCGAUCCUAGUGUGGCCGGUCCUUCCUUCCAAACCACGCAGGAUGCCGCCGGCGGCGCGCCUUCUACUUCCUAAGGUGGUUGAGAUGCGUAGUAUUAGCUAUAUCUAGGUCCCCUCAUACCUUCCAACCUCGUAGUGUAGUGUAUAGCACGUCGACCACUACGUCGAAGGUACGGGUUCGAUUUCCGUCGAGGUUCUGGAUCUAAAUUUAUAGAUACUGUUUGCAAAUUUCGAUACUGUCUUUUUGAUUACCCUGCUGGUAGUACGUCUUCGUCCUUUUUUUAC